AUGUACUCGUGCUUCGCGGCCAAGCUCGAGAAGUGCAGCUGUCCACAGCAUGCGACGAAAGCCAAGCAAAAACGCCCGCUCUUGGGGUGCAUCGCCGGCUGCCGCACUGACGUUGACUCUCGGCGCCGCCGCCUCCAGAUUCCUCCUCCGCGGACGAGAUGCUCGCACUCGAGUGCUCGUGCGGCAGGCGGCCGCCGCCGCUCGCUGCGGGGCGCUGACUCCCCGCUUCUGAAGCAGACCGCCACGUGUUACUGACCUCGCGCUAUUCCAGGGCUUGGGUGCUCUUACUCG